AUGCGAGAGAUAGUAAUAGUGGGAGUACGGACGCCGUAUGCGAGAAGUAGAAAUGGUGGGAAUACGGACGCCGUGUGCAGGAGGAAUAGUAGUGGGAGUAGAGACGCAAAAAAGAAAAUUAUUAUUUGGCGGGGACGUCACAACACAAAGCAAUACAGAUAUCCGCCGAUUCAUAAAGACGAAAUAGACAGGCAAGUGGGGGAACUUUUGAAAAACGACGUUAUAAAACCUUCUACUUCGCCUUAUAAUUCCCCCCUGUGGAUCGUGCCUAAAAAGGCAGAUUCUAAAGGAAACAAGCGAUGGAGACUUGUGAUUGAUUUCCGCUCCUUAAAUGAGAAAACUUUGGGCGACGCAUAUCCUUUGCCUAAUAUAACAGAAAUUCUCGAUCAACUGGGCAGUGCUAAAUAUUUCAGUGUAUUCGAUUUAGCCUCAGGUUUCCACCAAAUACCAAUGCACGAAUCCGACGCGCCGAAAACAGCUUUCUCCACACCCUUCGGUCACUACGAAUACAAAAGAAUGCCCUUCGGCCUGAAAAACGCCCCAGCCACGUUUCAAAGACUCAUGGAUCUCGUUUUAAGCGGUUUGCAAGGAAUAACAUUAUUCGUAUACUUAGAUGACGUCGUGAUUUACGCGAGCUCCUUAAAAGAACAUAAGAAAAAAUUUAAUCAGCUGGCAGAGCGUUUGAGACAAGCGAAUCUAAAAUUACAGCCCGAUAAAUGCGAAUUUCUAAGAAAAGAAGUAACAUACUUAGGGCACGUAAUAAACGAAAAUGGAGUAAAGCCUGACCCGAAGAAAAUAGAGGCUGUAAUGCAUUUUCCGCAUCCGAAAAAUACUAAGAAUAUUAGAGAAUUCUUAGGUCUAGCCGGUUAUUAUCGCAGAUUCAUUCCGAAUUUCUCGUGCGUCGCGAAACCUCUUACGAAUCUUUUAAAGAAAGACGAACCCUUUGCCUGGCAGCAGGCACAAGAAAUCGCUUUUACGACCCUCCGAAAGCAAUUGUGUUCCGAGCCUUUGUUACAGCAUCCCGAUUUUACUAAACCUUUUAUUCUAACGACUGACGCUUCGGGAUAUGCAAUAGGCGGAAUAUUGAGUCAGGGCGAUAUAGGAAGAGAUUUACCUAUCGCCUAUACCUCGCGAUUAUUAAACACAGCCGAACAAAAUUAUUCAACUAUUGAAAAAGAAUUACUUGCGAUUGUAUACAGUACGCAUUAUUUCCGACCAUAUCUCUACGGUAAUAAAUUUAAACUCGUGACGGAUCAUAAACCACUAGUAUGGAUGCAUUCAGUUAAAGAUCCGACGUCGAGACUCAUGCGAUGGAGAUUAAAACUCGCCGAAUACGAAUUCGAAAUUGUAUACAAAGCAGGAAAAACGAACGUAAACGCCGACGCCCUAUCUCGUAACCCUGUCAUAAAACGAGAUAUACAAGACACAACGGCUGUCCUACCCCUCGAAGCCUUCGACUCCGACGACGAACCUAUCUUCGACAAACCCUCACGCGGAAACAAUAAAACGACGGGACCGACAGACCGACGCCCGGACGAAAAACAGACGUACAAAAACACUCGAACGAAAUCAAUAAACACGAACGAACAGCAAAAAGAAAACGUAAAUAUAGAGUACGAAAAUGAAAACGAAAGCAUGGAUGUAAUGCAUGAGGGUAUGAGUGAGAAUGAGAUAUAUCAAGCGUGCGAAAUAGAAAGCGAAGCGAGCGAAAAAGAAGGCGAUGACGCAACCGACACAGGUAGCGAAACGAGUGGAAGCGAGAGCGACGACGCAAAUGAAACAGAGAGUGAGGACGAACUAUUUGACAGUCCAGACGUACCGUACUCUUUUAAAGGACGAUUUGCGCCGCCCACGCAACAACGCGAAGCGAUUAUUAAUGUAACGCGCGACAAUUUCCUCGCGCAAAAUGAUAAUUUAGUGAUUUUUACGACGCAGAGAGGCGACCCUUGCGAUCGGGGAGCGAAAAUCUUAAAAGAAACAAAUCUAUUACCUGAGACAGACAAGCUCACUUUGGGGCGAGCCCGGCCUUUGCCUCGUAAAAAUCAUAAACACUUGAUAAUGCUUGCCGUAAAAGAGAGAAUGCCAGGGAACGUCGAUCGAACAAUUCUUAACGAAACCAUAUCUUCUUUACUUGACGUCGUAAACGAGCUCGGUUUAUUCAGUUUUUCUAUAUGUCGUGGAGAUUUAGACAAUAUCAAAUGGCUGAGCAUUUACAGUCUACUCGAAUCGACAUUCACUGACUCACGCGUUACGAUAACGGUAUGCACGAAUCAAGUUCGCAUUCCCCCUGAGGAACAACGCGAAGAAAUAAUCCGCGAAAAUCACUGCUCUACGAUCGGUGGUCAUAAGGGCACCACCAAAACUUAUAAGCGAAUAAGAUAUAAUUUUCAAUGGCCGCGAAUGAAAUCUGACAUUAAUAAUUUUAUUCAAAGAUGCCGAAAUUGUCAGAUCAAGAAAUUAGUGCGUAGAAAAGUAAAGCAACCGAUGACAUUAACGGACACGCCAGACGCCGCGUUUGAUAAAGUCUCAAUGGAUUUAAUGGGCCCGUUACCCCCGUCUAGAAACGGAAAUAUAUAUAUAUUUACUAUUCAAGAUCUCUUAACAAAAUAUUCGUUAGCGAUCCCUUUGCGAGGAGCCGGCGCCGUGGAAGUAACAAACGCUCUAAUCGAAAACUUUGUUUGCACAUUUGGCGCUCCGAAAGCCAUUUUGACGGAUCAAGGGACGCAAUUCCUCAGUAUACUUAUGAAAACGGUCGCGCGUAAAUUUAAAAUAAAUAAAUAUACUACCACUGCGUACAGGCCUCAAGCAAACGGCUCAGUAGAAAGAUCUCACCAUGUGCUAUGGGAGUAUCUUAAGCAGGUAGUCGAAAAUAAAGAAAAUUGGGAUGAAUACUUAGCGCUAGCCAGUUUUUCAUAUAACACGAGCGUACAUGAGGGCACCGGUUACACCCCUCACGAGUUAGUUUUCGGUAAAAUAGCUCGCACGCCCACGAGCGAACCGCCGCCGGAAGAUUUAGACAACGAGAGUUACGCUAAUUACCUGACGAACCUGUUUAAUAAAUUGCGCGACGUUCAGACAGCCGCGCACGAUAAUCUCGUAUCGGCUAAAAGAAAAUCAAAGAACUAUUACGAUAGAAGAGUAAGGCCGAGACAUUUCGAGCCCGGUGACGAGGUAUAUCUCUUAAAAGAACCAACUCAUAAAUUAGGCGACCAAUAUACCGGUCCGUAUAAGAUUUGCGAAAUUCUAGAUAAUCAUAAUGUUAAAUUAGAAAUAAGUCCGCGUAGAUUUAGAAUUGUACAUGCAGACAAACUCAAAGGAGGAAAACCUGUUUCCAUCCCCACCACUACUCAACGAGAGAGCUCUCCAUCACGCGAAGAUGCAGACGCCCUUGGAAGGGGCUCCCUACCACUCGAAGAUACCUUCGUCUCGAGAAAGGACAACCCACCACGCGGAAGGUCCGCCACCAGACCAAUCAGAGACGCCGACGCUGCAACAUGUUCCCCGCCUGGAUCGUCUUCGUCCUCCCAGUAGCCACGGCUAUGCUUGCUUACGAUUGUGGAGGGGAAGGAUUAAAUAUAACUACCCUCUCACUCGUCGACAUCGGAAAUUG